AUGUCGGACCCGCUGGAGCAGAUCAACAACACCAACGCCGCUUCCAAAGUGUUCCAGGCACGCGUGCUGUUUCCGGAGGGGCGGGAGAUCAAGGACAAGAACAUGACCGUCUUCGCGUGCACCCUGGUUUCCAAAUCCGGGCUGUACACGCAGGGCGAGGCCAUCCUGUUCGGCCAGGAACAGCAGCGCGUCAAGGCGCGGGAGGCGCUCCAGAAGAAGUACUUGGAUGGCGCGGUGUUCGAGUUCUCCAAGAUGAAGAUGCAGACUAAGAAACCUCAGUUCCAGUCGUGCCCCCACGCGUUCACCCUGAACCUCGGGCACAAACCGCUCGCCGCGAAGAAAAUCACGGGCGCCGCUGCCACCGAGAUCCCCGCGGAGGCAGAGCCACCGAUGACCACCGUGAACUUGCUCGACCUGGAGACCGGCCAGCUGAUCGACGCCACGGCUGUCGCCACCAACAUCAAGGGCCCCGCGGGAGCGAAGGAGGGCAAGACGACCAUCACCGUGACUCUCUCGGACGCCUCGGGGAAUGAGAUCCCGCUCGCGUACUGGGAAGACACCCACCACCUGGCGAAGGGCAUCGAGACCUUCAAGCCGCUGUAUAUCUACGGCGCUUAUCUCGUCGUGGAGGAGUCCGGGGGUCGCCACCUGACGGCGCGCAAGACCACGCGCGUGCUCGCGGCGUCCUGCGCCCAGCCCAUCGCGAAGGAGCUCGGGAAGGCCGACUUGAAAGCUCUGCCGACCGAGAACAAGGAGAACCUGUCCAAGUGGGAGGGCGGUCGGAACUGGGAGGAGGGGCCAGCCUGCAGCGCCCAUGCGGGCAUCCUGGAGUGCGCCGCUCACUUCAAGCGACCGCUUGCCGAGACGCUCUUCGAGAUCUCUGGCGCCCUGAUCUCCCUGCAGAGCGGCGACGCGGAGGACCUCCUCACCAAAGACCAGACACGCAUCUGGGCGAAGGUCGACAUCGCCGAUUAUGCAAACACCGUCACGGCCGACAUGACGGAGAAGGUGGCUCUGAUGCUCACGGACACGCAGGACAAGGAGGACUUCCUCGAGCAGGCGAAGUCUGGCAGCCUGGUGUUCUCGAGGGCGCGCCUGCGCGUGCGCUUCGACACCCCCAAAGACGGCGCCGAUCCGUCCCUCAGCGUCGUGGCCGCCAUCCGCCGGGACUUCGAUCUGCCAGAGACCAACCUCGUCCCUCCCAGCGACGCGCGCCUGGUGCCGUCGCAGCUGGACUGGGCCUCAUCCUCCCCCAGCGGCCUCAUCAGCAUCACGCUCCCAGAGGGCGGUGGCCGGCGGCUGGCGACCGGCAUCCUCGCGUUGAUCGUCGGCGCCAAGGAGCCGAAGACGGAGCCUUCCGCCGACGGCUUCACUAUCCGCAACUACGUCACGGAGGCUUGCGGCGACCACCCCGAUCAGCCGUGGGAGACCGUGACGUCCGCUCCAGCAAGCCGGUUGGCAUACUUCGCUCUCCCCCGGAAGGAGGUGGCCCUGGUGCGCGUGACCCACAUCGACGUCUCCGGGAAGGUGGUCACCGUCGCCGACAUGUGGAAGCAGCCCACUGGCAUGUCGUUCGACGCGUGGAAGGCGGAGAUGAAGGCCACGGUGGAGCUCCUCAAGAAGCCCGUCCACAGUCUGAAAAGGAAGCGCGAGGAUUUCGACCCGCACUUGCAGGGCAUGCUUAAGCCCAAGCGCGUGCACACCACGUUCGGAGAGCCAGCUGCGGCUGAGGAGAUGUGA